ACGGAACGUGUCGCAGAGACUGGAAACGGAACCGGGUUCCUCGCGCAUCGUUCGCCGAAAAUUGAUUCGCAGCUAAAAGAAGACCCCUCCCCGACCCCUCGAUCCCGCCAAUAAUCCACGAUUCCCAUCGCGCGCGUACGGUCCAUUCUUAUUUCCCCGCUCCCCUCCCCGCGAGCGGAGGCGUCGCGACGAUCGGACGGACGGACGUAGCGAGGACCAGCAGCAAGCAGCAGACUGGGAACGUCAGAGUGCCCUACGACUGCGCCGCGUGCACAUCCCUGGCUGCCUGCUCGAUCGCCGACCACGGGACCGUAGAUCCUCGCGUUACGCCGCUGUUGCAGUGCAUCGAUCGCGCGAUCCGCCACCAUCCCGAGUCGCGAUUCGUAGAUCCAACGGACCGAACCUUUCGUCAGUGAUCUUCAGUGUUCUCGUGCAUCGUGCGUCUUGGAAUUCCUCGAUCCGACCUGCCAUCCACGGAUCCGGAACAGAGAUCGAAGACGACGCACCUUCGACAGACCACUCUCUCUCUCUCUCUCUCUCUCUCUCUUCCUCUCAGCCGCUCGGAACUCGAGGAGCGGAGAUUAGAGGUUAGCCGAGGAACUCUUUCACGGGGGCGACCGCGUAAAAUGCGCGCGCCCUGACGAGCAACGACAAGUGACACCGUUCAUCGAGGGCCCCGUAUCGAUUGCUCCUUCAUCGAGCACCGCUUACCAUGCCCACACGGCAAAAGGGUUGAGAGAGCCUGGAAAAACGAAAGGACCACCCACGUCGUGGAUAGGAAAGCCACGGAGAUUUUCGAGGAUCCAGCAGCGAGAGCCAGAAAAGACCGGACGAUCGAGAGAUGCGUUGAGCCAUCGAUCGCGGAGCGGCGCGGGGAUGAGCGACGCGUUCAAUUAAAGCGUCCCAGAAGCGCGACAGAGAGCAAAGGAAGGCACAGGGGGAGCCGCGUGACUCGCUUGAAAAAUAUCAGUCGUGGAGACGCGGCUUACGCGAUGUCGUCUCUCGUUCGAGUCUCUCAGCCGAACCACGUUCGGUCGCGUUGAAUCGAUCGCGAGGAGUUGCUUUCCGGAGCGAGAAAUCGGAGGAAAGUUUGCCGAGCAAGGUCGAGGAGUACCACGGCGAACGGCCGACGAUCGAGAUCGACGGCGUGGACGCUAGCGAGCAUUUCGGCCGAUUGAUUUGGCGCGCGCGUGACAGGAAGACGGGACACGGGACUUUGGAAGAUUUCCAGCGGCAAAUCCAGCGUGGACAAUGAAGUGGUGCUUAGUGGUGCUGAUUCUGGCCGGUGUCACACGGGCCAAUUCCGUCGAGACGAACUAUUCGAUCGACAAGUGUCCGGACCUGAAUUCUCAAGAGGAGAUCGAUCUGAACGAGAUAAUGGGCAAGUGGUACGUGGUGGAGGUGCUGGAGCACAGAGUAGACCCGUUGAACCCCGGCGGAUCGUACGUGGUCGAUUCCUGUCCGAUCGUGAAGCUGACGGCCGUCGAGAACGCGUACAAUUUCUUCUCCUCGUUGAGUCUGCUGUGGACCGAGGAGGCUGGCAACCUCGAAUACACCUUCCGGAUACCGGACAUGACCAGGAAGCCGGGCCUCUGGGUGACCAACUCUUCGCAAAACGGUACUCUGGUGGAGAUGCAGUACAAACAGUUCACCGGGAACGUGUACGUGAUGAAAGCCGUGGCCUCUGACAUGGUGCUGACUUUCUGCUCUCGUAGUCCGGACAAUCAGCUGUACUCGUGGUUGCUCGCGCGGGAGCACAUCUUGCAGAAGAGCGACAAACAGGGCGUGCACAAUCUGCUGACCCGCCGUAGCUUGAAGAUCAACAGAAUUCGCGAGACCUGCAUGAACAACGCUGCCUGGAGAAGAGGAUCGUUGGACCAGAUCGGCUGGCUGGCUCUGAUAGGCGUCCUGUCCACCGUGGUCUCCGGUUCCUGGUAGUGGUAAUCGGCGAACGGGAGAUACGAUCGAAUUUUCGCGGUGCAUCGUUAGCUGCUUGGCAUCGGUACGCGAUCAUCCCUAACCGUCGUUCUUUCCGUCGAUAUCGCAGAUCGAGGUCCUCCGAGACGAAGACACGAACGAUUUCAACCGUCCCGAGAUUGCUCGCGAAAUAAAUCCCGCUCCUCGCCCUCGGAACGGACGAGGCAAUUUCUGUUGCUAUCGAGAGGAGGACGGUCGAUUUAACAACGUGGCCGAUAGCGAGAGCCUCCUCGGCUCCUCUUUUGAUCGCGAGAGAAAGGCAGCUUAAUUGCCAACGCAGCUAACGAUCUCGCGUCUCGUGUCCGCUGCACGGAUCCCCGCCUCCUGGCGCAAUCGUAACGAGAAUCUCGCCGUCUCGCGUCUGUCCGAUCACGAUGGACGAACGAAAAACUCGAAUUUAUCGUUGGCCUGGUGACUCGACCACGCGAAACCGGGGUCGUCGUGUCGUUCUCCUCUCGGCACAAUGCCAAGGUACCAAGGGAACCAUUCCUCUGGACGACGUAUCGUUUCGCGUUUCUCCGCGUCGUCCAGGUUCUUCUUCCUGUGCUUAUUAUCGCGGGACUUUGUUCCUCGAACGAGCUGCCGAUCCCUCGUGUCAUCUCCAUUAAACCAACGCGGACUCCGAGCUCGUGUCCAGCGUAUUCACGACGGGUACGACGAUCGCGCGAAUCGAGGAGCCGAGCGUUCCAGUUCUCCGCGCCGUUCGCUCUUUCGAUCCUCCACCUUCCUCGCCGUCACCGAAAAUUUGCCAAUUCACGAGGCUAUUUCCUUCCCGCGAUUUAUCCGACUUUAAACGUCGCUGGACGAGACGAGACGCCUCCGAGGGGCUUCCCUUUUCGUUUUCGAUCGUUUCGCUCGCGUCCUCGGGUUUCUCGUUCCUCGGCAAGACAUAUCAAACGAGAUGAUCCUCGAUGGGGAGUAAAAAGAGAAUCGGAAUUUUUGAACCUUCUUGGAGACGACGGCAGAGGACUGAAAGGGCAGAAACCUCGGCGCUCCAGCAAAGACGAUCCUCGUACGAAAUGGCGAACGAGCGUUCCCGCGAACAUUAGUCACGUUAGAUAGAAAUGCAUGUUGUAUGUAUCGGUUCGUGGAUUUAAGAAGACAAUAGUACUAUAUCGAAAUAUCGAGGCGAUCGCUUCGACGAAAAUCGAGCGUGUAGAUUCGUCCGCUCGUACGCGAGCGGAAUGUAAAGGAGGCACGAGCGACUCUCGCGCGUCGUUCCUCUUCGUUCCGCAGCGGGAAGGUGUAACGAAGUUGAAGCAGGUCUCGUCGUGACACGAUCGGACGGGAAAUAACGCGCGAGCGGAAGACGAGACUCUCGUCGACGGGGGUUAAGACGAAACUGGAAUGGCCAGAGGAUCGUGUCACGAUUUCUCCCGCGCGUCUUUCUUCUAUCUCGAGCUCCGUUCUAGGAUAAAGGAAUCUUCGUCGCGAAGAGUAAGUCGCGAUUAAAGCGGAUUCGAUUAUCGGGAACGAUUCUAUUCCGCGUCGAAGAGGCUGCAGUGUGUACGUUGUAGGAUUGUAUAAAUAGUCGAACCUUAUCGUUAGAGAUAUUAUCGGUGUCGCGGAGGGUGGAAGGUCGCACGCUGGCUGACCCAAGGUUCGCUCGAACCUCCGCGUCCUCUCCACCCGAUCGUGAUCGCUUUUCAUUCGUGACGUUCAUUCGAGACCGUACUCUAAACACACACGCAUACACGUAUACACACGUACCACCGGGCACACGCAAACACACACACACACACACACGCACACACCGUGUAUCUUUUUAUACUUAAUCGAGGUUCGUUCAGGCGAAUUCUUUUUUAUAAAGGAUCUUUGAAUUCUGCCAGUUUUGCGUCUUCGUAUGCCUUUUUAUACGAACAUCCGAACGUACAAAAUUCGAUGCUUGUCUUUUACCUUUUCUACGCGCUUCCAUUUCGAUACGGACACGCAUAACGCGCUAAUUGUGAGCGGAAUCGUCCGCGAUUCGCCAGCUCCGGAUGCAAAGGGAAUGGCUGGAACAGACGAUCAUUAGCGACACUCCGUCGACUCGCACAUCCGCACAGCUAGCGUGACCAUGUUCUCCGUGCGUCGCAUCUUUUCUCUCCGAGUAUUUGCGAAAGUAACAAACGAAUGCGUUCGAGCGAGUUGUUUAAAUGCGUUGACGAAAGGCAAAGAUGUCGCAGCUUCCCGCGAGAUCGCGAUCGAUCGCGGCUGAUCGAGCGGGGGGACAUUGUUACGAUUUGUUUGAAAAAGUUCAAAGUUGAAACCCCGUGCGUUGUACAUAUAUCCUGGACUCGUCGCGACGCUCGUGACGGGCUCCUCGAGACGGGACGAUGGGAUAUACGCACGGGGGUCUCGUUAAAUUAUUGUACACUUUUCGAUGGCAAUCGCAAGGGAGUACGCCGUGUUAUGUUUAAAAUGCUCUAGAGUCUUUAUUUAUUGUACA